CGGAGCGUCCGGGGACGGCGGCGGGGCUUCGGGACUGAAAUGCCGGGGAACAUGAGCAAAGAGGACGCCCCCGGUCGGAGCGCGUGCUUGACGUUCACCAUCGACAGCAUCCUCAACCUGAAGCGGCGGGACGAGCAGGACUCCGGCGGCUUCAGGGGGCGAAAUGGAUGUAAAAGUGAGUUCGAGACGGUGUGGGACGUCCGGAGGAGCGACGGCGGGCCAGUGGAGACAGUGAAGCCCAGAGUUCACCGUGCUGACAGCGGGGGAGACGCGGCGCCGCAGCCCGCCGGCUGUCCCGGUGCGCACGGCGCGCACGGCCCCGAGGAGGAGCAGCGGCAGCAGCAGCAGCAAUCCGCCGCGGACACCAAAGCCACGGUCAAGAAGAAGACGCGCACCAUCUUCUCCAAGAGACAGAUCUUCCAGCUGGAGGCCACCUUCGACCUGAAGCGCUACCUGAGCAGCUCGGAGCGCGCGUGCCUGGCCAGCUCCCUGCAGCUCACCGAGACGCAGGUCAAGAUCUGGUUCCAGAACCGCCGCAACAAGCUCAAGCGGCAGCUGUCCACGGACAUGGAGGCCGGCCUGGCCGCAGAGACUUUCGCGGACGCGGGGAAAAACGUGCAGUUACCGAGUUUUUACAAAGACAGCAGCCUGCUGGGAGGAUGCCUGCUCCCGGUGCCUUUCCCCCUGGUCUACCCGAGCGCUGCUGCGCCUUACGUCUGCUUCUCCAACACCGGCAAAUACUUUGGCCUGUUCGACGCGGACGGAUGACUUCCCUGCUGCGGAUGUGUGGAGCUUCAUCAUUAUUCACAUGUUGGCAUUAAACACACGUUUUUCCUCCUUUUUUUUAUUAACUCAAGACAAGUUCCCUUUAUUUUGAUGUCAACAUAUCAACUCAUUUGAAAUGCAUGUGCCA